AACAACUCCUUGGUGCGAUGGGCCACCCUCGAGGAAGAGGGCUUCGCCCAACCCAACUUUUCUUACAAAUGUGAAGGUUGUCAAGUUGUUUUCGAUAAGCCUAGUCUGGGAAUUCGGCGAUUUGCAGAGGAAGACUCAGCGUUUCACAGAGAGAGUCUCCUGCACCACUCUACAGGUGUCAUCAAUACUACUUCAGCAAACGAAUUCAUGACCAAGAUCCUUUCAGUAUGUUCAAAAUUUUAUACAUUAGAUCGGUCAGCUACUAACGAGCGUUCCAAGUACCUGGACGGCACCUACAAAGUAAACCAGCCCAUCGCCGAGGCGGAAAUCCGUAACCAAGCCGACGAGUUGGCAAAGGGAUUGAGCUAUAGUCCAAAGCUUUUGUUAGAAAACCUACAACGUGGCGUUGCUCCUCUGCGCGUCCCUGACCCGGCCAACCCUCGUCCCAGUCAUUUUGGACCGGCCAGCAUCGACCUGGUGGGAGCUAUCAUCCGACAGGGCUCGUUCAUCGAGAAGAUGGUAGGACUUGGAUGGACUAAACCGGGAAGAUUCGACCAUUCAAGAGACUCCUCUCCCCUAGUGAGAUGCAUUGCACGGUAUCAUGCGUUUUUGGACAUUAUGAGUCAGAGUUCGGGAUUGUUCUUGGUGCCCACUCUGGAUCUUGCUUGGCACACCCACCAGUUGAAAGGCGACCAGUAUAGGCUCGACACUCAGUACUUGCUCCAGCGUACUCCCAACCACGAUGAUAACGUCGAUGCGACUUCCCUCUCGACCGCGUAUGACAUCACCGCCAAAGCGUGGAAAGUUCGCUUUGGUGUCCCAUACUCGGUGUGUGGCUGUAUUCCUGACAAGGGUCCAGAGUCUCGUACCAGCCGCUUCUCAUUCAAACUUUCAAGCUUUGGCCACAAGAGGGAGAAGUCAAAUACCAGGAAAGAGGGCAUGGUGGUCAAUUCGCGUCCCGAUUUGGUCUCGACCGAAGAUCACGAAGCAGACACGUCGCACCCGUCCGAGCACAAUGCUUACUUUGGAAACCCAAGUGGCCAGCUUGCUCAAUGGAAGAAGGAGUAUCGGGAGAAAAAGUCUAUGCAGUGCGUCGCAAGUGCGAAGAAGGAAGGCGCCAGAGAUCCAUGGAAUGCGUUGCAAGCUGAAAGGGCAGAGAAACGUCACCUGGCAUCAUUGGAUGGCACGGAUGGAAAUAGGGGUAGGCACAGAGAGGCGUUUACGGACCCUUACUAUGGGUAUGGAUACUAUUACCCCUACUGGGGAGCGGUUGUGGGUCGGGUUGUGGGUCGGGUGGAUGCCAAGGUGGGGCAUGCGGCGGCAGUGGAGGUGAUGGUGGAGGCGAUGGUGGAGGGGGUUGUGGUGGCGGUUGUGGUGGAGGAUGCGGAAAGCUGCGAGAAGCUGUACACGUCACUGAUCACGCCAAUAGAUAUUCCCUCUACAAACGAAUCGAAAUCGUGUUCCCCAUACCGAAAUAGAAUAGACAUUCUGCUGCUGGCAAAUCACAGAUACUACAACUCUCUGGUGAAUAUGUACGGUUCCGCUAGGGCAUUGUACAGCUCGGUAAAGGAGGGGUCCCCCCUGGCACACGCACAGCCUAGAGGCAUUCCACAUCCUCAUCUCACUGCCGGCGCAUUGGUACGUGAAUCUAAACUUGGAUCACAUAACGCUUUGUCUGCUGCCUAA